AUCUGACACAAGUCGUGUCGUGUAAAUUACAUUUUAUCUUGUAAGUCGUGUGAAAUAUUUUACAAUAUAAGUAGUUUAUUAGUGUUUUAAUAGUCCAUUUUGUGUCAAACGGGAAUCGACUGAGUGUUUUUUUCUAAGUUGUCGUGUUGUGGCUGAUUAUCUACAGUCAUGCCUGAAGUGAAGUUAGAGGAGGUACGGCGGUUCAUGGAGGACAGUCUGAAGGCUGUUGGAGCUCCGGAGUCGGAGGCGAAGGCCCACGCCGACCUACUGAUGCAUGCAGACACUGUGGGUCAUUACAGCCAUGGGUUGAAUAGACUCGAAUUCUACAUUAAUGACUGCCAGUCUAAGGCGUGCGUGCCUACAGCUAAACCGGAGAUCCUGAAGGAAUCUGGAGCCACAGCUUGGGUGGACGGUCAUAAUGCACUUGGUGCCACCGUCGGCAACUUCUGCAUGGACUUAGCCAUCAAGAAGGCGAAAGAAUGUGGCGUUGGAUGGGUUUGUGCCAGAAGGAGUAACCACUUCGGCAUGGCUGGCUACUGGGCGCUGCAGGCGGAGCGCGAGGGUCUCAUAGGCCUGGCCUUCACCAACUCGUCUCCAAUCAUGGUUCCUACCAGGUCAAAACAGAGAGCGCUGGGAACAAAUCCUAUUGCGAUGGCUGCACCUGCGACUGAUGGUGAUAAACUUGUGGUGGAUAUGGCUACCACCACAGUAGCCAUGGGGAAGAUUGAAGUACAAAUUCAUAAAGAAGAGCCUUUGCCCGCUGGUUGGGCAUUAGGACCUGACGGCAAGCCAACUACCGACGCCAAGGCUGCGUUCCAAGCUGGUCGUCUGAUGCCGCUGGGUGGGGAGGAGAAGACCAGUGGAUACAAGGGUUAUGCCCUCAGCGCCAUGGUAGAACUCUUCUGCAGUGGAUUAUCAGGGUCAAAUUCGACGCACAACAUUCGUGGCUGGGAGUUGGAUAGCAUCCAAGGGCCACCAGAUUUGGGCCAGUGUUUUGCUGCCAUCAAUCCUGAAUGCUUCGCUCCUGGCUUCGGGGACAGAGCUGCUGACUGUCUCAACACCUGGAGGAACCUGGAGCCGGUUGAUCCAUCCCUUCCAGUUUUGGCUCCAGGAGACAAAGAGCACCACAUUGGAGAGGCGACUCUAGCCAAGGGAACUGUGAACUAUCCUCAGAGGCAGUUAGAGGCUAUGGAGACCAUGGCUAAGAGGAUCGGUGUGAAACCCAUACAAGUUGUUUAGGGGUAAUCCAAAUGUACACGAUUGUAAAAGCUGCUACAUUAUGUGUUACGGCGGGUUCGAUUCUUGCACGGGACUAUCUUUGUAUGAUCCCUAAAUAGUGAGAUUGUUGUGUGUAAAUUUGUAUGUUUGCAAACCCACUCAUAAAACGGGAGAGUCCUAGUAAUACCUAUUUAUAUAAAAAGACAGUGUUGUUCUAUUUUUACUUUUAUUUUUGUCAAGAAGUCAAGCCUUCUUUACUUGUAUGAAGGUGUUUACACAUAAAAUGUUAACCUUAUUAUAGUAUUUUUAUGUUAAAAACUGGUUUUGUAUUCAGGAAGACGAUAAUGCGUAGGUUUAGUUACUUUGAUGAGCAAAAUAAUAAAAAACAAGUUAUAUUCGGUCCAUUAUUAGUAAGGUUCCCAUGAAAUUAAUUAAAAUUGUUUACUGUUUUGACAAGUACCUUCAGGUGUGUUCUUAUAUUCGGGGCCUAUAGGUACCUAGACAUUAAAUUAAAUAUUUGACGGUUAUAAGUUAAAUUCACAGCUGUAUACCGAACUCCUAGACCUACUGGUAGGGUGAAUUUUGACGCUGAAAUAUGUGAGAGGCUGGAGUCUGGAGGCGAUUAAAACUCAUAUUAACGACGCCUAAAGAACCUAUCUACUAUCAUUACUUAUUUAUUUAUAUCAAAAUCAUUAGUGUUAUUCAUUACUAAGCUACUUUUAACUAGUAGUCUAGUGGAAUAUAAUGAAAGGGCAAUAUUUUAUAAGCCUCCAUCUUUACCAUCUUUAAGCCCUUUACGUUAACCAAAGAGGUAGGUUGAAAGAUGCAUAUAUUUUCUACCUGGCUCUGCAACCAUUUAAGUUAUAAUUAAUGACUUAAUUAGCAAUCAGAUAUAAAUAGCUCUCAUUGCGUUAAAUACAGCAACCUGCGUCAGCAAGACAUUGAUAAAUAUAUCAACUGGUUUGUUUGUAGAAAAGAAGUUAAGAACCUUAUUUAUUUAUUUUUUUUCUUCUUUGGCAACCGAGUCUCCAAAACGGUGUUGUCGACUAUACUGCCAAUGUCGAGAACCUUAUAUUAACUGGUGUUGUUAAGGUGACAGUUGAUAAGUGAAUUGUUGUGGUCCUUAUGCCCGAAUACUGAAACGUUACUCAAUUUU